ACCUGAACAAAUAAAUAGGUGCGAUUGUUAACAUGGAUUCGGAUCAUUUAACGUCAAAAAAUGGCAAAAAUCGUUGAAUUUUUCGGAUUAGAUUGCGUGCCCCGACUGUUCAAAACCAUCAAAUUCUACGGCGGAAUCAAAGCCUGCCUUUACAAGUUAUACAGGAUGGAUGGAUUGAAGCCAGGAUGUUGCGUCGGCGAGGACAAAUACGGCAACAAGUACUUUGAAAACAACAGUUAUUUCAUCGGUCGUAAUCGAUGGAUCGAAUAUGCUCCUUACUACGCUCUGGAAUACGAUGGAAGCCAGAUUCCUGCCGAAUGGUUUGGCUGGAUGCAUCACAAGACGGACUUGCUGCCAGAUUGCGACCCAUCCAGACCUCAGUACAAGUGGAUGGCCGAUUUUACGGAGAAUUUAUCCGGAACUCCUGCCCAAUUUAUGCCCUAUUCCACUACCAAACCCAAAAUCCAUGCCUGGGUACCACCUGGCAAGAAAACUGCCGAAGCAGAAUGUUAGAUUAUUGAGGUUUCGAACAAAGAAGUGGCCGAUUUA